ACUCUCUCUUGCAUCGUCCUUCAUUCGGCUGGAGCUCGACCAAAGCCAUUCACACCCUCUCCACCUCAAAGCCCGGCAUCAUACCUCCAGUAUGACAGACUCGCCUGCUGUACGAAUCCCGCUCGAUCCGACGGAGCAGCCUAUCCUUGAUACGCUGCUGUCUAUCCGGACAAAACUCGAACUGCUCAAACAAGACCGAUCGACCUACGUCAAGAGCCAGGAUGUCAUCGAACUUUAUGAUCAGGUGAUUGCACAGGUCGAGCUGCUAAAUCAGAUACGAACGACCAAACGUCUCGAGCAGAAUAGAGUGGAUACGGUUCUCGAUGACUGCUUCCAACUCAUCUCCUUGGCGUACAUGACCAUUGGAAAAACCCAUGAAGCUCCAGCAGUAUAUGCGUUUAUAUCUACUGUCAAACGCUUACUAGAUCAUAUCGAGGAAGCUCAUUUCUACUCUGCAAAGGAUCUCGAAUCGAUAGGGACACAGCUUAAGAAUGCGAGAGGUUACCUUGAUAAGGGCAAGGAGUCUUAUAGCCCCCAUCUCUUGACUCUUCUCGACGCACGUAUCCAAGUAUGCGAGGAGACACUUGCUAGGCUUGAACUAGCGCAGUCACAUCUUACAGAAGAACUCCGGCCAAAAUACGAUAAAUUAGUCUCCAUUCUGCGGUCGCUUGCUGGCUGCAACACUCGGUCCAAAUUUCCCCACGACGAAGUAAACGAGUACCUCGAACAACUUAAAGGGCUUGCGGAAGAGCUCAGCCCUUACGGAAUCCAUGCUUUCGAAAGUACUGGCUCGAAAGAAGACAAGCUGGCAGAGAUGAUGGAAAAGGUUCAGUUCACUAUGGCUCACCCAGAGGCGGCGCCCGAAGCCAAGGAAAUCAUCGAAACCCUACUUCGACGCAAUUUCAUAUGGGUCAAUUUGAUCAAAGAGAAGCAAGGAAGAAUCGCGCCAGCUUUCAAAGAGGUCUAUGACAAACUAUUGGGUAUUCGCAACAAACUGGAAAAACUGAGUCUAACGCAAGCCUGGUCACUACGGGAGACAGAUCUUUGGAACUACCAGCGACAACUCGAUCGAAUCGAUGAAUCGCGGGUAGACGGACAGUUCAUUGAUGCCGUGGGAAGGCCAUCUGAGAUCUACGAACAGAGGACGCUAUUGUAUCUGCUGCGCAAAAGUUACGCACUCAUAUAUCACCUUAUUGUAUCCUCCGAGCCGGUUUCAGAGGCUCUGUUGCCUAUAUACAACCAGCUUACAACGCUUCGCAAAUGUCUCUUGGAGGUCAAGAAGCUAGGAGGAGUAUCAUCUCCCCGUGAGCUGUACCCCUACAGCAUGAAGCUCAACUCCAUCGACAACAUGCGGGUUGAUGGAAAAUUCAUGAUCGGGAAUGAAAUACCCGAAGGCCAGGGCAGCGUCACACAGUUGCUCUCAGAGUGCUUUGAGCUCGCGUAUGAGCUUCGCAAUGAUGCAGAGGACAGCAGUUCGACCGAUCAAACACCAGCGAGCGAAAGCGGACCUGAACUAGAACCCGUCGCCACAUGA